AUGAAGAUCAAGCCCUCCAAGUCCCGUAGCCUGUCACUCAGGAAAGGAGUCAGGAACGACAGCACCACCUUUGUCAUCGGAGGAGAAAAGAUCCCACUACUCGCAGAGCAACCCAUCAGAAGCCUGGGGAGGCAGUACACUGCUGAGCUUUCCGAUAAGCAGAUGGGGAAAGCUGUCAUGAAGCAGCUCUCAGAUGGCGAGGAUCGACCAAAGCUAACUCCUGGGGAAAUGGAGAUGGAGAGUGCUGUUGGUGAUGAAGCAGAGGGGCCGGCUACAGACACAGGCCACAGGGUCAAAGAGUUCGCUAUGGCAAAGAGUGACGAGGCUGCAGACUCAGGCCAGGGGGCCCAAGAGGUCGCUAUGCCAAAGAGUGACGAGGCUGCAGACACAGGCCAGGGGGCCCAAGAGGUCGCCAUGCCAAAGAGUGACGAGGCUGCAGACACAGGCCAGGGGGCCCAAGAGGUCGCCGUGCCAAAGAGUGACGAGGCUGCAGACACAGGCCACCAGGCCCAAGAGGUCGCCAUGCCAAAGAGUGACGAGGCUGCAGACACAGGCCACCAGGCCCAAGAGGUCGCCAUGCCAAAGAGUGACGAGGCUGCAGACACAGGCCACCAGGCCCAAGAGGUCGCCAUGCCAAAGAGUGACGAGGCUUCAGACACAGGCCACCCGGCCAAAGAGUUAGCUAUGGCAAAGAGUGACGAGGCUGCAGACACAGGCCACCCGGCCAAAGAGUUAGCUAUGGCAAAGAGUGACGAGGCUGCAGACACAGAGUGA